AUGGAUUUGAUUAGUAGUUAAACAAGAUAGAAUCAUAGUUAUUUAAUGCUAUUAGAAUCAAUAAAAUUAGGAAAGGUAAGUGAUUGGAAUAGGCUAAGAGUUUCACAAUUUCCGUUUAGACAUUAAAUACACUGAUACUCAAUCGAUUAGAUAUAUAUAUCAUCUAAAUAGUUCUAAAAUAUUAGGAGGGGAAAUUCUUUUAAAUUUUGUUCAAUGGGUGUAGUUUCAUUAUAUUAAGAAAAUUAUCGGAAUUGUUACUCAAAUUUUUUAAAAAGAAUACUCAGAUACUUUCAUAUAUAAUAAGGUAUUCCAAAUUAAUUAAGGAUAAUCGUGGUGUCCGCUGAAGUAUAGUUCAGAAUUAGUAUUUAGUUUUUAAGGGUGCAAGACAAAAUGUAAUAUACUUUAAACAAUUGGAAAUUGAGGCGCAGGAUUAAAUUAAGAUUGCUUAAUUUCGAUUAUGUAAAUUUUAGCAAUUGUGA